CAUUAUUGGCUCCUUGCUCAGCGAGUGAGUAGUGAAAAUAAUAUGAUGCCCACCACCACCACUAUAAUAAUAAUAAUUUAACUUGAUUCUCUAAUUAAAACUGGUGGACUAUUAGAGUUAAGUUGUUAUAGAUGGUUAUUAUUUACAUCUAAGAUUCUCCACUAGCAUCGUACCGAACGAGAGAUUGAUUGAUUGAUUUUUUUAAGCCAUCCAUCAAAAUAAACGCGUCACACGCAACAAACGAGACAAGAAGAGAAGAGAAGAGAACCUACUGAAUUUAUAUUUGGAUGAUAUUUGGAUCGGACGGAAGUAAAACGAUUAAAAUCAACUGUCAAAUUGAGAAACUGAAUUUACGGCUUUACAUAAGACCAAACUUAACUGAAAAGUACUGUAUUAAAUUGUCCAGUGAUUUUUGUAAAGAGAGAGAAAGUUUUUUUUAAAGUGAACAAUCUAGUUGUUGUAAAUAUUUAAAUGUGAAGAAGCGUUUUUUGCUCGUGCUCGCAACAUUAUAAAAUAAAUUGUCGUCGGCUAUUAUUUAUUUACUUUUCAUAGAAUAAUUUAUUGUUCGUUAAGUGUGUUGAUUAAAACUAAUUAUGCCAUUGAGCCAGGAUUCUGUUAACAAUGAUCAUCAUCAGCAAAAGAAGAAUAAUGAAAGUGCAGUAGAGCAUAUGGAAGUAGUUGUUGACGACGAAGAAUCUAAUAAUAAAGUAUCAGAUAAAAUGGAGGAAGACGUUGAAUCCAAACCCGAGGUAGAGGAGGAAGAAUCCGAAGAGGAAAGCAAUGCCAGGUCUGAGGCAACUUUCUGCUUCACAGUGGAGGGCAUUACUCAUUUACGGGAACAGGUUUUAUCUCCUCCAACUUAUGUCCGGAACCUUCCAUGGCGAAUUAUGGUCAUGCCCAGGGCCGACCCCAACCAAACUAGGAAUAUGAGUUUGGGUUUUUUCCUGCAAUGUAACGGUGACAGUGAUUCUGCAAGCUGGAACUGCAGUGCAGUUGCUAAUCUAAAGAUAAUUUCACACAAAUCCGGUUGUGAAUCAUUCAGCCGAAAAAUCAGCCACAUUUUUCACAGCAAAGAAAAUGAUUGGGGAUACUCUAAUUUCGUUGACUGGCCCGCAUUAGUGGAUCCUAGCAAAGGUUUUUUAAAGAACGAUGCCAUCACGUUGGAGGUCGAAGUCAAGGCAGAUGCCCCUCAUGGUGUAGCUUGGGACUCUAAGAAGCAUACUGGAUAUGUCGGCUUAAAGAACCAGGGUGCGACUUGCUACAUGAAUAGUUUACUUCAAACUCUCUUCUUCACUAACCAAUUGAGGAAAGCAGUUUACAAGAUGCCCACCGAGUCGGAUGAUUCAACCAAAUCCGUUGCACUCGCUUUGCAACGAGUUUUCUACGAGUUACAAACUUCAGACAAACCCGUUGGGACUAAGAAGCUGACACGUAGUUUCGGUUGGGAGACUUUGGACUCGUUCAUGCAGCACGAUGUUCAGGAGUUUUUAAGAGUUCUACUCGAUAAAUUAGAAAGCAAGAUGAAAGGGACAUGUGUUGAAGGAACGGUGCCACGUCUUUUCGAAGGGAAAAUGAUCUCAUUUAUCAAGUGUAAACACGUUCAGUACGAGUCGAGCAGGUCCGAAACUUUUUACGACAUUCAGCUAAAUAUCAAAGGAAAAAAGGAUAUUUACGAGAGCUUCAGAGACUAUGUCGAUACAGAAGUUUUGGACGGAGAUAACAAGUACGAUGCAGGAAAUCAUGGACUUCAGGAAGCCGAGAAAGGAGUGAUUUUCACAUCAUUUCCCCCCGUGUUACAUUUGCACUUGAUGCGCUUUCAAUAUGACCCCAUAGUCGAUUGUUCGGUGAAAUCCAAUGAUCGUUUUGAGUUUUAUGACAAAGUCGACUUGAAUGAGUUUUUGAAGAAAGGAAAGGACGCUGACGGAGAACAAGUCACUUGCAAAUAUACUCUACAUGCUGUCCUUGUUCAUUCCGGAGAUAACCACGGAGGGCACUACGUUGUCUUUAUUAAUCCCAAAGGGGACGGGAAAUGGUGCAAGUUUGACGACGAUGUGGUUUCAAAGUGCACAAAGACUGAAGCAAUUAAUCACAACUUUGGUGGUCAAGAGGUGGAUGAUUUGCACCCUGGAGUGAAGCAAUCAACUAACGCGUACAUGUUGGUGUAUAUCCGUGACUCCCCAGAUUUGGCCUCCAGUGUAUUACAAGAAGUCACCGAGGAUGACAUUCCUCGCGAAUUGUUGGAACGCCUGAAGGAGGAAAAGAACUUGGAAAUUUUGAAGAGAAAGGAACGGUCCGAAGCUCAUCUGUACAUGCAAGUUAACGUCAUGUUAGAAGAUGCUUUCGUUGGACAUCAAGGUUGUGAUCUGUACGACCCAGACAAAUUAAGUCCUGCUGCUGUCGCCAACACAAGAUCUUUCAGGGUGACAAAGAAGACAAAGCCUCAGGGGUUUCUCACAAUCCUCUCUGAAUCUUUUAAUAUUCCUCCUGCACGUAUGCGUCUCUGGCCAUUCGCAGUUCGAACAAAUAAAGUUGUGCGACCUGGAUGGCUGGACAUGGGCUAUGAAAGCAAAAGUUUAGAAGAGACCCUAUUUGGCCACAGUAACAUGCCAAUGUUUCUCGAGAUUUUACCUGUAGACGACCCAAAUGUCAGUCUGCCUAAUUUUGACAAAGAAAACGACGUGCUUUUGUUUCUGAAAAUGUAUGAUCCUUUAAAUGAAUCGAUUCAUUAUCAGGGUCACAUUACAAUUCCAAUCACGUCCAACUUUCACAAAAUCGCAUCCGAGUGCAAGAAGCGUGCUCGUUGGCCUGAAGAUACACUAAUAACGAUGUACGAAGAAGUUCAGCCAGGAACGGUGGAGAAAGUUGUCGAUUUCGGUUCUACUCUUGACCAGGGACUAGAUGAAUUGAUGGAUGGUGACAUUAUUGUUUUUCAGAGAAAUUUUGACCCCAACAACGUUACUGGUGGUCGUAAAUUAAAAAGUCUUCACGAAUUUUACGUGUAUAUGCAAUACAAGUACGAAAUAACGUUUUUGGAUAAGAGUAACCAAAAUGAAUCCUUCAGUCUUGAAAUCAGUUUAAAAUCCAGCUAUUUUGAAUUGGCAACCAAAGUGGGGCAACGGCUCGGAGUUUUACCCUUGUUUAUGCAAUUUUACAAAUGCCAGCCGUACAAGGACUCUCCCGCUUAUGCUGUCAAAUUUGAACCAGAUACUGAUCUAUUGUCGAUAUUAUCGGCGACACAAAAACCGAUUAGAAGUCCGUAUAAAUUAUUCUACCAAGUCCUAGGAAUCCCUAUCACAGAACUGGAGCAUAAGAAACAGUUUAAGCUAUUGUAUUAUAACAAUAGUGGGACGGAAAUUCAAUCCAAUGAUCAACAGGAGCGAGAAUUAGUAUUUUAUGUAAAUAAAGCCCCUCGCAUAACCAUUCGCGACAUUCUGAGCGAAAUUGCAAAAGUUCUAAAUGCUGAAAAGAAGCCGCCAGGAAUAUUGAAUGGCAGGAAUCUCCGGCUAGUAGAAGUGGCUUCGCACCGAAUUCAACAAAUCGUCGACGAUGAGACGUCAUCAGACAUUAUAGUUAAUAAUAAUACCGUUAAUCGCUAUUAUCGAGCAGAGGAAAUUCCUGAAGAGGAGGUGGACCUUGUUCAAGGCGAAUUGAUCGUCCCUGUUGCUCACUUUCACAAGGAAGCCAGAUCCACUUUUGGUGUCCCAUUUCUCAUGAAGAUACGCUAUGGUGACUUGUGGAAUAAUGUGAAAUCUCGCCUGCAGUCCAAAAUGUGCAUAAAUGACAAGGAUUGGAGUAAAAUGAGAGUAGCCUUGGUGCAACAAGGAUCCCCGACAUUCUUGGACAAGGAAGAGGAUGCAGAAUCAGUAGUGAAACCUGAAAACUUUGCUUCGGGAGUAGGUUAUGGCGCAACGCACGCAUACAACGGUAGGCCUUGGAUUGGAAUCGAACAUGUAAAUAAAGCACCAAAACGGUCAAGGUACUCUACUCUGGAAAAGGCUAUCAAGAUUUAUAACUAAUAAUAUAUACUUAAUCAUCAGUACAUUCAAUAAUAAAAAGUUUUUUGAAUUUAUUUGAUAAUUUCAA